GCUCUAGGUCCAUAUCCCGCCUCCCAACAGAGAUCAAAACGGCUUCAGAGGACUUCUUGACCCUUUUCAAAAAACCAGCAGCAUGCCACAUUUCCCCUGCUCCGAGAAACAGAAGCAAGCUUUAUAAAGAGGACGGAAGUGCAGCAGACAAAAUUGAAAGGAAUUGAGACGGUCCGAGAGGAAUUUUUAUUCCCUGUGAGCGGCAGUACGCAUUCACACUGGCACCGUUGGGGUAAACAGAUUUUUCUUUCUUAGCACCACAUGCGCACCCAUGGGGUAAAUAGGGGGUGUCUCGCCCUGCUUUCAAUUCUGUGUAUUCGAGCACCUGUCCCUAAUGAGCUUAUUUCAUUAGUCUUUGGGGAAUAAUGAGAAGGAGGCUGCGAAAGCAAACGAAGGAGGUGCUUGAAGCAGUAUUUCUCGUACACUGCAAUCUAAGAAGAACACACCUAGAACUACUGGCAGAAUUGGGAUACACCUCUCGGACCAUACAGCCAUUUAGGACGAUUGAAGAUUCCCUUAUUUUGACUCAGGAGGAAAAGAAGAUCAUUUUCACUCCCCAUAAACUUGAUUAAACAACAAUAACUCCGAAACUUUCCCGAACAGCCACAAACCAAAAGACGCAUGCGCACUGCGUAUACUAUACCUCCACAGGACGCGGCCCGCCGCACUUCUCCAAGCUACGAAACUGGUGAUGUAAUCGAUCCGCGCCGAUCUCAUUCGUAUUUCCUGUUCCGGGUUGGAAGCGGCGGCUGGUGUCCUUAUUCUGGUGGUACGCCUAAUAUGGCUUCAGUGGCGGCGCUCUUCAAAGUUCCUCAACGGCUUGUAGCCGAGGCUCCUCGAGCAGGACUGAGACGGCUGCUGUCGGCGGCUGCAUCAGAGGGCCAUGGAGAAGCUGGGAGCUCCCGUACAUGGAAGAUCCUGACCUUUGUGGUUGCUCUCCCUGGAGUUGCUGUCUGCAUGCUGAACUGCUACCUGAAGGCUCAGCAUGAACAUGAAAGACCAGAGUUUGUUCCUUAUCCUCACCUCCGUAUCCGGACCAAGCCCUUCCCUUGGGGUGAUGGGAACCAUACUUUCUUCCACAAUCCUCAUACUAACCCUCUCCCAACUGGCUAUGAAGACGACCAUUAAAUGAGUGGAUCACAGUAGCACCAUGGACCAUCAUUAAGGUAGCUGGACCAGAACAUAGGCUGCAAUUCACAAUAAAAAUAUUCUUCAUUCCUUGUACUGUGAAAUUAUGAACUGCAUCCUGAUCUCUAGCAGUUUGGUUUUUUGCAGAGGUCACCUAAAUAAAACUAUUCCAUUUGAA